UUACGCUGUGCAAAAUUUCAACGUUCUGUGAAAAAGUCUCCGAGAGCUACAAUAUAUUUAACGAUUUUUUCCAACUUUAGGGCGCUAUAACUCGGAGGGAAAGCAUUUUUGGACUCAUGUUUAUAAGAACUUUUUUUCUUAUUUUGACCCCUAGAAUACGUCCUUAAAAUCUAUGACAUAGGUUUAGAAACACCCUGUAUACAUACAUAAAAACGGACACAUCUAUAUAUCGAUAUAUACACGCGUAACUUUUAUACAUCUGUAUACAUACAUCCUGUGCUUGCGCGUUCGAUGCAUUUGCGGGUGUGUGACCUUCUUAAAGUCGCGCAUGAGCUACGAAAAGUUACACGAUGUGAGAGCACCUUUAACACCCGCUGCGAGGGGACUAAAGCGCAGGCCUCGAAUCGAUCCUCCAUCCCCCUCGGGAGCAGCGCGUCCGCCAAGAGCAACCCCCGGCCGACGACUCUGUUGUCGACCCAACAACAGUUCAAAACCACCCGAGACCACCGCGGCAAACAUGGCGUUGGAUUUUGCAGCCACGUACAAGGUCCUAGUGUUGGGCGACUCGAAUGUCGGCAAGACAUGCAUCGUGCAUCGUUAUUGCGACGAACGGUACUACGACACUUACAUCUCGACGAUAGGUAUCGAUUUCAAACAAAAAAUCAUUAACCUAGACGGAACGCCAAUUAAAUUACAAAUUUGGGAUACCGCCGGCCAAGAAAGAUUUCGAACUUUAACAACGGCAUAUUAUCGUGGCGCUAUGGGUAUUCUUUUGAUGUACGAUGUCACUAGUUUGGAGAGUUUCAACCAUCUGUCUUAUUGGCUGCGAAAUAUUCAAGAAAAUGCGUCACCAGACGUAGUAAAAGUUUUGGCAGCGAAUAAGUGCGAUGCGACCGCGCAUCGCGCUGUGGAUGCUGAGAGAGGCCAGAAGAUCGCUGAAAAUUUCGAUAUGCCUUUCUUCGAGGUAUCGUGUAAAGAGAAUAUCAAUAUCGAGGAAGCUUUUCUCACUCUAGCCAGAAGAAUACGGGAGCAACGGGGCCGCCGAGCCAGUCUGUUCGAAGCUUCUGAGAGAGAAGGCGCAGACAGUAUUAUAAAGGCGCAGUCACCGUCUCAGCAGGGUGACGCCUGGAGAUGCACCUGUUAGUUCGGAUAAUCAUCGAAAGUCUAUUCGAUUGGAGACUUCGACGGCAACCAGGUAUUAAACCCGGAUGCGUAGCGUUAGGUUUCGUUCGUAUUGUGUACGAAAAGGGACGUUGCUUUCUACCUGUACACACGCAACGCGACCAACGAUCAGUCGUCGAAAGGAGCUCGACCUGGACGCGAGAUUGGUGUCUGUAUACCUUGCGUAGGCAAACUGCUCGGGUAAAUUGUUCACGAUACUAUCACACCAUCUUGCAAUAAUCGCAACGGAUAUUAUAGAUAUUAUCUCGUAAACUCUGCACCUUCUAUUACACGCCGAGAGCCGAAUAAUGACGUUAAUGCAACGCGAUGACAGAACGAAACGGAUGAUCCACUGCGAUCGUGGAUCAAUCGCAGAUCAUCGUCACAAUCCGCACGAGACAUCACGAGACGUCAUUCGCUCUCAGUCGCUCUAAAUCAUUCGGACACGUACACACAUACAUAUACAUUACAGUUAAGUUCGAGCCACAUUUCCGAAGUUGCUGCAAAGUUUAUCUAUGAUAUGCGAUUAUACGUCGUAGAUGUUUACUUAUAGAGAUAUGAGUCACGCUCGCGCGAAUAUAAAGACUCGGCAAAACUCGCUAAAUCGGAAUGCUUGAACGCAUCGUCGAGGAAUGCGAGGACGAACGAUCUGAUUGAUAAUCGGAUUUCAUCGGUUAAUCUAUAAACAAAUCAAUGUGAUCUUUGGCGUAAAUUCGAAAGUGACAUGUCGCGAGAAAAAUCAGCUGGAAGGGAAAAGAUUAGCUUCUAGAGCAUUAUGAAGAAAAUCUAAGAGAAUUAAGAGAUUCGAAGAUUUCGUUGACGAACAUAAUUUCGAUGUUAAAUUUUUGUAGAUCAAACGCGAAGAGUCGAAUAUCAGGCAAUUUAAAAAUGUUCGAUUAGAUUUACUUGACGUAUCGAUAAGGCCUAAUUAAAAAAGAACUUCCUCUCGAUGCUACUAAGGCGAUGUUACACAUUUUUGCAGUAAUCAACGUAUCAUUAGCAUGUCUACGUGAAAAAGACAUCAUCAAGCGUAUUGUGAUUACUGUCUGAAAACGACUACUAUUAUAUGAGACUUGCGAUUACCACUGUUGUCUCUUGACGAGGACCAGGACUCUUUCUUUACGGAAGGACUUGCGCGAUUAUGUCGGGAUCAUUUGAUGCACAGAUGCCAAAAUUCGCAAAGUAGGUGCUUCUUUGUACGUCAUAUAUAUAUAUAGCAAAUAUUGACAAGCAAAUUAGAAGAAGAAUAGCAUGCAUUUUAAUAUAUAUAUAUAU